AUGGGUUUGGAUCAGUACACGAACGCGAGGCUUUUGGUGGAUGAGUUGGGUGUGGGAAUUCGUGGUGCUGAAGGUGAGAGGGUUCCAGAAGCUUGGGAGCUGGGGAAGAGGAUUGCAAAGGGUUUGGGCACAACCAAGGAGAGGGUGAGAGCUGAAGAGUUGAGGGACGCGGCGCUGCGUGCGGUUGGGAAUGGUGGAAGCUCGCAUAGGGAGUUGGAUGCGAUGGUGAAGCUUCUGAACGAAGUUCACCUUGAGAAAACCACCACUUGA